AAGCAUUAGGUGAAGCAGGGUGCGAACCAUGUGUGGUAUAUGUUGUGUACUAGGAGAUGAGAAUUGUCCCAUUAUAACUAACAAGGAUUACUUUCAUGAACAGUCUCGCUUGUACAAUAGAGGCCCGGGACUGUCGGAGGAGGGUGGAGUUACCUGCCCCUGAUGGGCAGACCCUGGUGAUGUGUGGGUCAGUGUUAGGUCUGAGAGGGCCCCUCACCUCCCAGCCCCUAACUCUCCCAGGGAGCAGGAACACCUUACUGUGGAAUGGGGAAAUAUUUGGGGUAGGAGAAGAUUGUAAUGACACUAGGGUUUUGCUGAGGACACUGUCACAGUGUACAUCCACGGCAGAGAUACUGCAGGUGAUGGUGAUGAUACAAGGGCUCUCAUUCAUAUAUUGGCAGGAUUCUACAAAUACUCUUUGGUUUGGGAGAGACACUUUGGGUCGAAGAAGUUUACUCUGGCAUCUUCCUAUCUGUUCUGAAGAUGUGUUUAUGCUCUCAUCUGUCAAAGUACACCAUAUGAAAUUUGAGGAAGUUCCUGCGGUUGGUAUAUUUUCACUGAGAUUGAGUGACAAGAAAGCUGGAGAUACAUGUUGCUUUAUGCAAAUGACAUUGUUUCCAUGGAAACCAAGUGGCUUAGCAAGAAUACAUCCCAUAGCUGAAGAAGAAAAGAGCUGCUGGAAAGAAAGAUUAAGGGAAUGUUUACCUGCUUUGACUGAAUCUUCUCUUCAUUGUGAUGGUGACUUUGAGAUACAUUCCCACAUUCCCAAGGUCAACAAGGACAUAGAGGCACCCACAGAUAGAUCUUUGGGAAAACUUGAACCGGUUGACUUCCUGCAGUCAUUGCUGACAAAAGACGAUACACUGGAAAAACUUUCGUCACAACUAAUAGAUGUUCUUAAAAAAGCUGUCCAGGUUCGAGUCAGCUGUAUAAGUAAAACCGGCGGUCCCGAGCAGAAUGAACCAAGAGAGUGGUACAAAGUGAUGCGUUUGCUAAUGGUUUGUAGUGGAGAGGUUCAAAUCCAGCUGGAACAACAGGUACCUAGUCUCUGUGAGGAUUUGAAGAAUGCAGAACGUAAGGCAAACUUUGAAGACAAUCAUAGUCAAGCAGUAGACCUAAACUCAUCAAAAAUGACUCAAAUUUGUGAACCCCGAAAAAGCAGUGUAGCCAUUUUGUUUUCUGGAGGUCUUGACUCAACUGUGAUCGCUGCCUUGGCUGAUAGAUGUUUGCCAGAAGAUGAACCGAUUGACCUGUUGAAUGUUGCUUUUGAACAGAAAUCCAAACCACAUGUUGAGAAAACCAGCAAGCACAAAGGGCCGGGCAGAAAUCCAAACCACAUGAUGAGAAAACCAGCAGGCACAGAAGGCCGGGCAGGUAGGGAAAGCUUGGGUCAUUCCAGUAGAGACUCCAGGGGAUAUAAUGUGGGUAAGAACAGAAAUCCAAACCACAUGCUGGGAAAACCAGCAAGCACAAAAGGCCAGGCAGGUAGGGAAAGCUUGGGUCAUUUCCAGGAGACUCCAGGGGGUAUAAUGUGGAAAUCCAAACCACAAGCUGAGAAAACCAGCAGGCACAAAGGGCCGGGCAGGAUGACCAGUCCCCCCGUUGACCCAUUUCUGGUGCCAGACAGACAGACAGGUUUGAGUGCGCUUCGUGAGCUUAACCCAUGCCGUCAGUGGAACUUUGUUGAGAUUAACAUAACCAUUGAGGAAUUGAGGAAAUACAGACAAGCCUGUGUAUCAGAGCUGCUGUACCCUCUGUGUACAGUGUUAGAUGACAGUAUAGGAUGUGCUGUGUGGUUUGCUGCCAGGGGAACUGGAUUACUGAGGACAGCAUCAACUCCACAUGCAUACAGCAGUGAGGCCAAGGUAGUACUGGUGGGAAUGGGGGCAGAUGAACAACUGGCAGGCUACUCCAGACACAGGACCAAAUUCCAGGAGAGUGGUUGGGAGGGUCUGGUGGGUGAACUCCAGAUGGAGGUAGACCGAAUCUCUACACGGAAUUUAGGACGAGAUGACAGAAUAAUCACAGAUCAUGGACGAGAAUCUAGACUUCCUUUUCUGGAUGAAAAUGUUGUGUCAUUUCUGAAUCAAAUACCAGUGCACCUCAAGGCAGACCUGAGGCUUCCCCGAGGGGUGGGGGAGAAAUUACUGCUGCGGUUGUGUGCGGUGAAGCUUGGCUUGCCUCUCACCGCCGUGGCGCCAAAACGGGCCAUUCAGUUUGGGUCGCGCAUUGCAAAGUCUGAGAACCACAAAGAACACGCCUCUGAUUUCUGUCCACGCUUGCAGGCAACAAGCUCAUAGGGCAGAAGAACUUUUCUUUUACACACAGCUGUGAUACAAAUUGAGGACAACUGCCAGUUAUGGGUUUGCGCACAUUGGUAAGACUUGUCAAAUUAACCCACAUGCCGAUGAAUGCUUUUACAUUUUGUCAAUGGAUCAAUAAAUUUGUAGUUUAGUAAUUGUAGCAAGCAUUAAUGAAAUAAAAUCUUUUUAUAAACAGUAUUUACUGUAUCAGUGUAUUUUGCCUUCCAGUAAAGGGCCACUGUAGUUUCAAAGUGGUUGUGUAUUAAAGAAGGGUUUAUA